AUGAUCUUUUCGAGACUUUCUGUGUUACCGGUGCUCGCUGGUGUUGCCAGUGCCAUCAAUAUCACUGCUUCUGCAAGUGGUGGCAAUGCCUCUUCUCCAUUGGCAUAUGGUCUCAUGUUUGAGGAUAUCAACCACUCUGGUGAAGGGGGAAUCUAUGCCGAAUUGAUUCAAAAUCGAGCAUUCCAGGGGAACCGAGAAUAUGCAUCUACAUUGACGCCGUGGAAAGCCAUUGGAAGCUCGGUCUUAACUUUACAAAACACAUCAAUACCUUUAUCAUCGGCACUACCUACGUCGGUCAAUGUGCGAGCCUCGUCUAAUGGCACUCCGCACGACAGUACUGGGACAAUUGGAAUCUCCAAUCCUGGAUGGUGGGGAAUAAGUGUUCAACCUCAAACAUAUACUGGAAGCUUUUGGGUUUUAGGUUCAUACACUGGAAAUUUCACAGCAAGCUUGGUCAGUGCAACAUCAGGUACCAUUUUUGCGAGUGUCGAAAUACCCUCAAAUUCUACCGCUAGGGAAUGGACGGAGUUCUCGUUUAGUCUCAACCCCUUAACUGCGGCUCCAGAUGUCAACAACAAUUUCGUCAUCGCAUUCGAUAGCGGCACUUCCCUCAAUUUCAAUCUUAUCAGUCUAUUUCCACCAACUUACAACGACAGACCAAAUGGUAAUCGACCAGAGCUUAUGAAAGCUUUGAUAGAUCUUAAUCCAAGUUUCUUUAGAAUCCCCGGUGGAAAUAACAUUGAAGGAGAUACUUUCGGUUAUCGUUGGGCAUGGAAUGAGACGAUUGGCCCUCUUAAGGAUCGUCCAGGAAGACCAGGCAUGAACUUGGGGAUACCAAAAUGGUGCACCGACCUCGACGUCGAGCCGAUACUAGGAGUUUGGUCUGGCUUCUAUCUAAAUGGCGACGUCACAAACCCGGACGUUGUCCCCGAGGCAGAUCUUCAACCCUAUGUUGACGACGCCAUGAAUGAACUUGAGUUCCUCAUAGGCGAUACCUCUACAACAUACGGAGCUCUUCGUGCCUCCCUGGGCUAUCCUGAGCCCUGGAAAAUCAACUAUGUUGAAGUAGGCAAUGAAGAUAAUCUAGGCGGAGGAGAAAGCUCGUAUAUAUCUUACCGCUGGCCCAUGUUUUACAACGCCAUCCACGCUAAAUACCCAGACAUUCUAGUCAUUUCUUCCGCUCAAGAUCUCCUCUCGGUUGGCGCCCCUCAUACAUCUGGUACAGAUUUCCAUCAAUAUUCCAGACCAGAUGAUUUUGCACUUCAAUUCGAACACUUUGAUCACUCUAAUAGGUCUUAUCCUAUCUUAUUAGGCGAAUACGCAGUCAUCCAACCCAACGCAAACGGCGCACCAGUAGACUGGAAUGCGGCGAAAAUGGACUAUGGAACUUGGAUUGGUGCCGUCGGUGAAGCUAUUUACCUCCUUGGCAUGGAAAGAAAUGGUGAUAUUGUGUUUGGUGCAUCAUAUGCGCCUGGAUUCCAGAACAUAAAUUCUUUCCAGUGGACUCCCGAUCUCGUCACGUUCAGCGCCGAUCCCGAAAAAACCGUCCGGAGCUGUUCAUGGCACCAACUACAACUCCUAUCCAAUAACCGCUAUAAUGCCACCGUCCCAUUCACCACCACAAACUCCCCACCCUUCGGUCCCGCUUUCUACGUCAUUGGUGUGAACAACCCUGGUGAAUAUGUAUUCAAAGCCACCGUCUACAAUACAACAGAACCAAUACCUUUCUCGAUAAAUUUCGAAGGUGUAGAUGCUGGUGCGACGGGCAUACUUACGGUGUUGAAUGCACCAGAGGGUAAUAGUAUGAAUGUUUAUGGAGGCGAGGAUGUGGUGAUUAAGACAGUUAGUAAUGUCACCGCGGGGGCAGGAGGUAAGUUUGAGUUUGAAUUGAAGGAGUAUGAUAUUGCGGUUUUCACUACAUAG